AUGUCGAAACAAUACGCUAACGAGUUUCUCAAUUAUGUCAAUGCUUCACCGUCUCCCUACCAUGCGGUGCAAACAAGCAAAAAAUUGCUGGUAGCAGGUGGGUUCACUGAGAUUUCCGAGCGUCAACCUUGGUCGUCCCAGAUCCAAGCUGGUAAGAAAUACUUCUUAACUCGUAACGGCUCGUCUUUGAUUGCGUUUGGUGUUGGUAAAAAAUGGCAACCUGGUAAUGGUAUCUCGAUUGUUGGUGCUCACACUGAUAGUCCUACAUUCAGAGUCAAGCCCAACUCUAAGAAAUCGGCGUCUGGAUACCACCAAGUCGGUGUGGAGGUGUAUGGAGGUGGUUUGUGGCACACUUGGUUUGAUCGUGAUUUGUCUGUCGCUGGAAGAGUUUAUGUUCAUGAUAAGGCUUCAGGUCGUUACUUGCCAAAAUUGGUCAAGAUCGAGAAACCAAUUCUUCGUAUACCUACUUUGGCCAUUCAUUUGGAUCGUACUGUCAACACUAAGCUCGAGAUUAAUAAGGAGACUCAAUUGUAUCCUAUUUUAGGCUUGAUUGAAGACGAAUUGAAUGGUAAAAAGGAAUCUUCUGACGAGGGAGCUGACAACAGCAAGACUGACGCUAAUACUAAUUCUAUUGGUAAGAUUACUGACCGUCACGAGCCAGCUCUUCUCAGUUUGAUUGCUGCUGAGGCAAAGGUCAAUGUUGAAGACAUUCAGGACUUUGAACUUUUAUUAUAUGAUACUCAGCCUUCUGUUAUUGGUGGCCUUAAGGAUGAAUUCAUCUUUUCUCCUCGUCUCGAUAAUUUGUGCUCUUCAUAUACUGCCACCCAGGGUCUAUUAGAGUCUCUUUCUAAGCCUGACGCUCUUGAUAAUGAAGAAGGUAUUCGUAUGAUCUCACUAUUUGAUCAUGAAGAAGUUGGUUCUGCGUCUGCUCAAGGUGCUGACUCCAAUCUGUUGGUCGCUGUUAUUACUCGUCUUGCCUCAUUGAAAUUAGACAGUAAUGUCGAGCCUACUGCCUCGUCUCCUUUCGAGACGUUUUCCAAGUCAUUCUUGAUCUCUGCUGAUAUGGCUCAUGGCGUCCAUCCUAAUUACGGCUCGAAGCAUGAAGACAAUCACCGUCCUAAACUCAACAAGGGUCCUACUAUCAAGAUCAAUGCCAACCAACGUUAUGCCACCAACAGCCCUGGUGUUCUUCUUGUUCAAAAUGCUGCCAACCUUGCCAAGAUCCCUCUUCAAUUGUUUGUCGUUAGAAACGAUUCCCCCUGUGGAUCCACUAUCGGCCCUAUCUUGGCUUCUAAACUCGGUAUGAGAACUCUUGAUAUCGGUAAUCCUCAAUUGUCUAUGCAUUCAGUGCGUGAGACCUGUGGAAGCAAAGAUGUCGGCUAUGCUGUCGAGUUGUUUAGAGAAUUUUUCAACAACUAUGUCUCGUUAGAAAAGCAAAUUGUCAUUGAGGAUACUGAGCUUUAA